AGUGUCGGCAAUUUUCACCGCUCACAUCAGGCCUGGUAUCUCGACCAGCUUCUGGCACAUUCCGGCAAUGCCCAUUGGGGCAUAUGUGGUGUCGGAUUGCUCGAUGAUGAAAACGAGCGGCUAAAGCGCGAUGUGUUUGCCCAGCAAGACAAUCUUUACACUCUGACCCGCUACCGAACAGACGGGUCGGAGACGCAUCAAAUCAUCGGUUCCAUCGUGCAAUACCUGUUUGCCCCCGACAACCCCCAGGCCGUUAUUGAGAAGAUGGCGGACCCGGAGACGCGUAUCGUGUCCAUGACGAUUACAGAAGGCGGCUAUAAUCAGGAGCCGGGGACGGGCAAAUACAAUUUCGAAAAUCCGGUAACGCAGGCUGAGCUGGCAGACCCGACUAAUCCUCAAAGCGCCUUCGGCUUUAUCGUUGCGGCUCUCAGCCUGAGACGCGCAAGGGGGCUUACACCUUUUACAGUCAUGUCCUGCGACAAUCUGCGCCAGAACGGUGCCAUUACGCAUCGUGCCGUCGCCGCUCAUGCUCAGGCGCUUGAUCCCGAUCUGGCCCAGUGGAUUGAAACAAAUGUGACGUUUCCCAACAGCAUGGUUGAUCGUAUCACCCCCGCGGUGCUGAAGGAGGAUGCACUGCCAAUUGACGAGGCCAGCGGCAUUCGGGAUGUUCUUCCCGUCAUUUCGGAGGAUUUUGCCCAGUGGGUUCUGGAAGACCGGUUUACAAACGGGCGUCCCUACCUCGAAGAGGUUGGCGUUCAGCUGGUCGAUGACGUUGAACCGUUUGAACUGGUCAAAGUCCGCAUGCUCAAUGCGGCGCACUCCGUUCUUGCUUAUCCCGGUCAGCUUGCCGGACUCAACAAUGUCCGCGAAGCCAUCACGCAUCCCUUGAUUCGCGAGCUGGUUGAUACUUUCUUGAAGCGCGACGUCACCCCUACUUUGACGGCUCCCAAGGGAAUGGAUCUCGAUAUUUACCGCUCAACCGUCAUAAAGCGUUUCAGCAAUCCACACAUCAUUGACCGGCUGCCACGCAUCACCGGUGAUGGAUGGAGCAAACUGACAACGUUCCUCGCACCGACAUUCAAGACCGUCGCCUCUGAAGACGGAGAUCCUUCGAG